AGGCGGAGCUAAGAGCUUCUGUUCUUCUCUCCCUUCUAGCAAAGUCUCUCUCUCUCUCGCUGACAGAAAUGGUCUGCGGUUCUGUGUCCAUCUUAUCCUAUGCGUCUUCAUUUCCGUAUAAUUCUACUACCGAGCCAUCUACUUCAACUACCUAUACAAGGAUUAAAACCUUGAAGGUCUUGAGGCGUGAACCUAGGAAGAAUUCGAAAGAAGCUUCUAAAUCUUUGGCUCCCAGAGCUUUUAGCAUUAGAGCUUUCUCAAAGCAACCGAUAGAAGAUGGUGCUGGGGAGCAGUUUCUGGAAAACAAUUCGAUUGCUGAUUUCAUGAGAUUCAGAAAAUCUGAUCGACAAAGCAAUAGCCAGUUGCAGACAGCUGUUGUUAGCUACAGAAAGAAGUUCCCAUGGUCUCUGCUUCAGCCAUUCCUACAGGUUGAUUUGGUGUCCACUAUCCACAUUGCGGAUAAAGAUUAUUUUGCAACCCUCCAGAAGGAACUUGAACAAUAUGAUUGUGUCCUCUAUGAGAUGGUAGCCAGCAAGGAAAGUCUAGAGAAUAGAAGAAAACCUACUUCAGCCAAAAGGCUGAAAAGUUCACGUUCACGGGGCUUCAAUAUUCUUGGAUGCAUUCAACGGCAGAUGGCUCGAGUUCUAACGCUUGAUUUCCAAUUAGACUGUCUUGAUUACCAAGGAGAAAAUUGGUACCAUGCUGACCUAGACUAUGAGACCUUCAAGGUGCUUCAGCUUGAAAGGGGCGAGAGCUUAUUUUCAUUUGCAAGGGAUAUGACCCUCAGAUCUACAAAAGCUAUUGUGCAGCCAGCUUCUAUUUCUGAAGAUCUUGGACCUUGGAGAUCCAAGCUUCUAUGGGCUUCCCGUGUGCUUCCAAUGCCGCUCAUUGGCCUUCUCAUUAUUGGAAGCGUAUGUGCCGAUGUGGGAAGUCAGAAAUCUGAAUAUCCAGAAUUAGAAGCACUCUCCAGUCUGGAUUUUGGUGCUGCGAUGAAAGUCUUCUUGGCAAAGCGGCUAACUUCUGAGUUCACACAGGUGACAGCAGAUGUUGAGGAGAAGUCUGUUAUCAUUGGUGAAAGGAACAGAGUUGCAACAGAGGCGUUGGGAAGAGCAAUCGAAGGAGGACACAACAAGAUUGCAGUGUUGUAUGGGGGUGGCCACAUGCCAGACUUGGGCAGGCGGUUGCGUGAGGAGUUUGACCUGGUCCCCUCACAGGUACAGUGGAUAACAGCAUGGUCUAUAAGGAAUCGAGAGCUUGACAGUCAAUCACUCCCUUUUCUGAAGACAUUAGCAAGACUAUCAGGUUGGCCGCUCAAUAGAUAUCAGACCCUGGCAUUGCUCAUCUUCUCUUCAGUCCUAGCAUUGGAUCUCUGGUUCUGGGAGCUCUUUUUUGGCAGUGCAUUGAACUGGGUCUCUCAAGCUGCUUCUGAAUUUAGUCAUUUAGUUUGAGGAUACACAAUUGGUAUGUUCAUCUACAUGAUGUAAGCUGUGUAUUUUAUUAUUCAAGAAGGCUGGGAAGCAAUCCGUAUGUGCAUGUGUAAAACUGUAAAUAUUUUGUGAUCUUUCCAGGUAUACAACCAUUAACUAAACUCU